AGGGGUGUGGGGUGUUUAAAUGAAGAGCAACAUUGAUUGGUUUCGAUUGGUUUUUGUCUGAUUAUCAUCCACAAUCCAGGUGAUAGUUGAAGAUUAUACCAUUUAAUUUGAGGUAAGUUUAUUUUUGAAAUCAUAUCAUCAGCAUACAGUACAAUUUCCCAACAUUGAAUAUAAAACCCUCUUGAUUACUAGAUUAAUCCGAUUUGAUUCGUGGCAAUUUUACUUAUCUUCCCUUUCAAUCUGGAAAAUAAUCAUUUCUCAACCCAUCCUUCAGCUCGUCGGAACUGAAGCAGGUUGGCUGACCAGUUACAAUGGGUGACCGCAUCCUACUCUGUGCUCUUUUGAGUUUUAUUCUUAUACUCCAUUAUGCCGGUGCACAGGACGGCCCAGACUGUACGUGUCCAUGCCGAGAACAGGUAACGAUUGCGGACCUGUACUCUAAUGGUCCGCUGCCAUAUGUACCUGUUCUCCAGUCGGACCUUCCAGCGUCACCGUUCCAGUUGGACCUGACGUAUGAUUGCGAUGCAGACAGUGUGACUCUCAUCUUCUGCAGUGACAAUGUCGCAUCCAAAGAAGAUGCGCGAGCUUCUCACAACUGUUACGUAGCUGACCUUUCGGCUACACAAGAAGGGGUAUCGCAAAUCACUCGUAAUGGGGUGCAACAAUGCGCCCAAACACUCACCGGGCAGUCUCUACAGUCACCAGCCCCUAUACGCAUCCGGACAAAUACCAACGACGGACAAGGAUAUUUCGGUAUCAUUCUCUCUCAAGACGCCAGCCUUUCUAUCCACGAAAGCUCCACGAAUCUCGACUUUGGUCUUCUGAAGAGGUUAUAUGCUUACACGACAGGCGGCACUUCCUGUAACAUUCAGUUCACUGUUCGUAAGUGCUAAAAAUAACUUUCCGCAAAUCAACUGUGCGUAUCGAAAAAAAUGUCUUUGAACAUCAAAACUAGAUGAAGAUUGGGGUGGAAAUGAAAAAAACAUAACUCUUGGCGGAAACGUUGAACAUUAACGUCACGGAGUUCGGUUGUGAUUAACAAAAUCAAUAUUACGUUUGGGUACUAUAACUUUAUAUUUUGUUCCUUCGACAAUUUAUAAAGACAAUGACAAUCAAAAGUACAACAUCGUGAUGUUUUAUGGCUUUGAAAGCAUUUAGGGAAUUAAUUUUACAGGAGGGUCGAAGAGUCAUCUGGAAUACCUUAAUAAAAUAUCUAAUCUGAAAAUUUAAAACAGUGUCGGUAUAUCACUUUCAGUUUCUAAACAUGCUGAAUCCCCCUUUUUCAUGUGGCCCUGCACAAGACUAUACAUGAAAAGAAGCGGAAGCAGAACAAGAAGAAGAAGAAGAAGAAGAAGAAGAUAAAGAAGAAAAA